AUGGAGGAGCAGAUUCCGACUUCUUCCACGCCGCCGCCCGCGAACCGCCGCCUCACCCAGUCCAGCCGACUUACACCCCCUGAGCCAGCUGCGUCGGCAGCGGCACUCUCCAGCUCCGAGCCGUCCCUUCGAUUCCCUCGCCCGCAGGGAAACCGCCGUCUCGCCAACUGGGUUUCCAGCAGCAACCCCGACGUCAUGCGUCUCGCCGCGACUGUCGAGGAGACGGGCCUCGCCGACUCCGCCUACGAGCUCAUCAACGGCACUGACGGCGAAUCGCCCGACGACAACUACGCUGGGUCCAUGGACGAGUCCGUCGAUUCUCUUGACUUCCAGCGCCCUGAUGACGUGCAAAGUCUCGCCGGCACGGAGAACACGCAGGACGAUGACUCGAUCGCCGACGAGGCCGACACGCUACCCCCGGCCUCGACGAUGGACUUGCGCAAGGAUGGAGAGGUUGAAGAAGGAGUCGUCAACGCCCCAGGUGACGACGCACGUCACGAAGCAUCGUCAAACGGCUCCGAGGCUGACGAAGCCCUCCCUUCGCUAUCGUCCCUCGAGUACACGCAGAUCAGCCUCGGCACGCCUUCCAUCGCCACGCCCGAGGCGAAUAAACGUGCAGCGGCGGCGGGCGUCGAGGCCGCCCGCAGCGCGUUGGAGGAUCAGCAUCAAGAUACGGACAGUUCCGAAUCCGCAGCGGCCUUUCAGUUCCCACCGAGAUCGAGCCCCGCCCUUACGCCCGAUGGCAGCAUUUUGUUGGAGAGACGGUCGGUGCCCGAGCCUCCUCGGCACGGCGGGCGAUGCAAGAAGACGAAUCCUGCUCGGGCAAAGUUCGCCGCGAAGCUAGCCGACGAUGGGGGAAUUUGGGCUCACUUCAAAGAUCGCUUGCCGAACACGACAUCGGCGACCCUUCCGGGCCUUUUGCUCGCAACCGCCCUGGCCAUUCUCAUCCCCAUUCUAUACUCGCCCCCUGCUGACGGCCCCAGGCCGGAGAUGGCCACGGUGACGACGACGAUUACCGCCACGACAACCUCGGUCGUCAUCGCGACGAGCACGCCGUCCUCCCUCUCUCGCCCGAGCACCUCCUCGACGACCGGCGGCAUGGGGCUGAUUCCCGUGGGUGACAACAAAUCUGACGAGGGGCUCUUCGGUGCCAAGAGACCCAUCCUCACCUUUACGCCUCACGCGCAAACCGACAUCUUGAUCCGUGUUCCCAGCAGCAUCAAGCAAACGUGGCUUGCGAAGAACUGCCUCGUCGUGGAUGCUACCAGGGGAGACCAGCAAGUUCAGGCGGUCCUGUCCCCCGUCGGCGACGGCAUUCUCGUCAAGUUUGCCAAGAAGGAGGCCUACGGCGUCAUCAAGUUGUCGGUGCGCGCCACGUGUCGCCCGAGGGUCCAGAAGAUGAUUAAAGUUCACUUCGGCAGGGGUGUCGUGGAGGAAGCCUUGCAGAUGACCAAAAACUUGGCUCAAGAUCUGUCCGGCCUGGUGCCUGCCGCGGCCGAGGAAGCCGGACGCUGUCUGAAGAGAGCGAGACGGUCGCUCGGUGCCGUGUCCGACACCAUCACCAACAACGUCGUCUUCUCCUCCGAAACCAUGCUCGGGAGACUCUGGGGCAGCGUUGCGGCAUCGCAGGGUUCGUUCUUGAACGCCAACGCCGCUGUCCUCGGUCGCAUCAGGGGUGUCGCCGAAGACUUGGCGGAGAGCCUCGGCACGACGUCUCGACAGGCGAGGGAGCAUCUGCAUAGGGUGCAGGACAUUCAGGCAGGGCUCCGCCUUCGGCUCCUUGGAGCCCAGGUGUCGGCAAAGAUGUGGUGGCUGCGAGCGACGGGUGGGGAGAAGGAGCAUGAAGAUUACGAGCACAAGGCCAGAGAGUUUGUGGCAAGCCAGCACGCUGCUGCGAGGGCCGCGAGUUGGGCCAGACGACCUCGGGAGGACGUCGACGUCGACGCCCGAUCUUGA